UAUACUUAGUGUUCGAGACAACAUUUUCAUUCCUUGCUAUUACAAGAAUUUAAUGUCUGUUUUGUGUAAAUUUUUGUUUAGCAAAUUUUUUUCAAUAUUUCUCAAAAUAUGAUUUUAUUAAUUGAUAAAGUAUAAUUUUUGUUACGUGAACGAAGAAAUUGUAAAACUAUAGGAAAUGGCACAAAUUGAGAAUUCGAACGUGUUUACAAACGAUGGAGAGAUUCCAUCGGCUGGUUCAUCCGAUCUUUUACAACAAGCAAUCCAACAAGCUGUUGACGAUAAUGAUAAUGGAAAUGAUUUCGUAGCGUUUUUGGGAAGCGAUGAAAAUGAUUAUCAAAUGAUUCAUCUCACUCCGGAACAGGCAAAGUCAUUAGGUUUAACUUUUGAGUUAACAUCAAACGAAGAGGUUAUAUAUAAACAUAAUCAAGCUAACGAUAUUCUCGAUACAAGCAACAUUACGGCAAAUAAUCAUUGUGAAACGGAAGAUGUAAGUUCGGUAUCUGCGCAAGAUACUAAUUUUACAGAGGAAGAUUUUAAUUUCGAAACGGAUCAAGUAGAAAAUGUUGAGGAGAUUAAUGAUAUUGUUAAGACAGAGUGCAUGAAUUAUCCGGAAUGGCAAAUUCAUGAAGAUUCUCCAAAUGAUAAAUUGCAGAAUGAAACUGUCACAAAUAAUUUGACUUUAGGAAAUAUUUGUUUACAAAGACAACCUAUUAAUUCACAGUCACAAACAUUGGAAAUACAACAAAACAAUUCGAAUACGCAGAGAAUAGUUUUAGAACAGCCAAAGAUACAUACAAUAAUGACAGACAUUAGACAAAUUAAAACUAAAGAUAAUUCAUGCUAUGUAGUAGAAGAUGACUUGGCACAAAAUCAAUCAAUGAACAAAGUGUCCAGUUCUCAAGCACAAAUCCUACAAAAAUUACCAAUACUUUUGCCAUCUUCUCAAUUCAUUCUAAAGCCUGCGCAAACCAUAUUGAAACCGGCAAAAAAUGUUAAAUUAAUACAAAAUAUAAAUAAAUUUGCAAAUACUAAUCUAAAUUCUAUCAAUGGAAUGCAAACGAUCAAUAUUAAUUCUAAUUCCAAUUCUGUGUUACUUUCCAAGGCAACUGUGAUCAAUACCUUAUCGCCGCAAAUAAUAAAAGCAACUCCUAUUACGACUCAAUUUUUGAACACAAAUAAUGUAUCUGCACAGUUAUUAAAUACAUCUCACAUUAUAACGGCAAACUGUGAAAUAGGAAAUCAAACGAGCACUUCUCAGAUCGCCAAUACUGUGGUAAAUAGUGCUCCUGUAUUAUCACAAAAUGCAACUACUUCACAGAUACGAAUGUCACCAGCUAUAAAAACUCCAACAUCAUCGUUACAAAAAAAUAGUAUUUCUCAGCUUUUAGCGCCGAUGUUAAAAAAUGCUACUACUAUAACUAAAACAGUACCAAAACCUGCACAAGUUAUUAGUAAUGCGACAAUAUCUACGGAACUUAAACCAAUUCAAGUUGGCACAAAAUUAAUUAAGGCCUCUUCCUUAACAGGAAAAAAGAGUUUAAUAACGCCUAUGACAAAGAUUAUAACGCAGACAAAUUCCCCGGUUAUAUUUAGAACAGCAUCGAUUGCUAAAACACAAGAUUCUAAAACAACAUCUAAUUCAACCUCUAUAUUAAAACCAACGCAAACAUCAUCGACACCUAUAUCUAUCUUGAAACCACAAACUAAAGCAGCCUUACACAAUUAUACUAAACAAAAUCAAACAGUUACAGUAAAUUCUAAUAAUUUUAUUAAUAACAUACAAAAUUUCUUACAAACAACACCAAUUAUACAGCAGAAUGGUUCGUCUGACAAAACAGAAUCUUUCCAAAAUGGUUUUGUAAAGCAAAAGAUUAAUUCAUCUGUAAAUGGAGCAUGUUCGAAGAUCAAUAAAAAAUCUAAAGGAAUACCUUCUACAAAAUCUACAGUUGUAUCAGAAACAAUAGAUACAUCUAAACCAUUGGGAUCUAGUGAAAAUCCUAUACAAAUAGUACAACAAGGUCAUCAUUUUCGUAGCACACAACAGCUUUCGCCGAAUUGUAUGAAAAAAAUUUUUCAAGUCAUAAAUCAACGUCAUCAACUUGAAGAAACGUGUAUGUCUGAUAAGACAAUCGUGUAUAGGUCAGUUAUGAAUAAGGAUAAGGUAUUAUUACCAGAAGAAUUAACUUCAAAUUUGAAUAAUCCUGGAACCUUAAUAAAAAAUCGUGGUGGCAAACGAGGACGACCAAAAAAAAAUACUAUUAGGCCUUCUUUGAUCCCAUCAAAAACAGCAACAGUUCCUGAGGAAGAACAAGUCGAAUUGAAAGAUGACAAAAAGAAAGGAAUAGCCAGAACACGUUCUGGUAGAGUUACAAGACCUCCGAGACAUAUGGUACGAGAUUACAAACAUUUACAUCAUUCAGAUUUCUUACAACCUGACUUGGAUGAUUCGGACGGCGGUUACAGUGACUAUAAUACAAACAAUGACAAGAUUGAAGAUGAGGAGUCACCUAAAGAACUUCUCACAGGUUUGGAAAUACCAAAGAGAAAAAUAUCUGAUCAUUUUAGAUGUCCUACGUGUAUGAAAGUAUAUUUGGGAAGGACACGUAUGGCAAGGCAUUUUGAAUUGCAUCCGGAUCAUGGUAGUCCUGAACAGUUACCACCGCCUACGCCCGAUCCCGAACUCAAACAAACUAGCAAUCAAGAUCCUUUAAAACGUAAGGGAAAAAAAAGGGGACCAUGGGCUUAUGUUACACCCGAAGCUAAAUCGGAACGGCGUAAAGUAAAGCUAAGAGAAGCAAUAUCGGUGUGUGAGGAUAUUGAAAUAAUAAAGAUAGCCGCAAAGCCAGUACUUAAUGCACAAUCUCUAUACGAGUUACUAGUUUUAAAAUCAGAAAACAAUGUUAAAAAUUUUGUACAAGAGGUCAAACAAUUGAUGGAUAAAAUAAGAGAGAAAGCCCGUGAAAUGUUAUCUUUAGUAAAAAAUGAUAAAAAAUCUGAUGAAGAUUUAAUAGACAUUAAAGAAGAAUUACUUUGCAAUGCCUUGGGUGUUAAUCCUGGAUUAUAUAAAAUCAAUAAUGACGCGUUGAGUCAUAAUGAAGAAACUUCAUACCUAAAUCAAGAACCACCAGCAAAAAUAAUGAAAAUAUCCAAUUGUGAAGAAUCUAAAGACAACAACGAAGAAAGAAUGUCUAGUGGGUUUUCAGAAAGUUCAGAUCUUAGUAUACCAGAAUUUAUGAAUGAAAGGAGAACUGACUCUGUAUCAAAUUCAGUGUGUCCAGAAGUAUUAUCUGCAUUAACAUUAAUGAGAAAAAACCCUACUGUUGAUAACAGUAAGGGUAAUGACGUUUCUGAACUUUUUAUUUCAAGUUCUGCAAUUCCAAAUCAUAUUUCGGAGAAUUCAGGGUUCCAAAAAUUACAUGCAAACAAAGUUUCAAAGUUUUCAAAUUCAGAAUCUCAUAAAGAAAAUUUUCCAAAGUUAACUGAUAAUUUAGGAUCGUCAAGCCAUUCGGAAAUUUUUGACAAAAUAGAAAGUAAUUACGAUCAGUCGAAAUUGGAACAUAUAGUUAAUGAAGGUUUUAUGAAAUUAGAGUCGGUAGAACAAGACUUAAUGAAACUUGAAAACGGCUCUCUGGGAUCAUACGAAAAGCAAGAUAUUCAAAGUAACUUGAAUAAUAUAGAAGAUAGAUCUCAGAACUUUGUUAAGGGAUUUCAAAAAUUGGUUUCUAAAAUAGGAUCUAUAAGUACGUUGGAAUUAAAUAGUGCUAAAUCGCAAAGUUCUACAUUGGAUACAAAUCCAUGUAAAAUAUUACCUGCAACUUCGAUUUGUAAAGUUUCAGAAAAUACUUCUGUCUUGCAAGAUACAGUACCAAUUAUUUCUAAUAAUUAUGAUACUAAUAUAUUUGGUAGUACAGACAAUCUGGAAAUGUCAAAAGUAAGUCAAUAUGAUCAUAUAGCGCAUUUAGAUAUUUUGAAUGGCAGCAGCGAAAUAGACAAAAAUCUUUUAAUCGACGAUAAGUUAGUCGAACAAUUAAAUUUAGUAGAUCAAACGAAUUUAGUCGAUGAAUUAGUAUCCGAACGAUUAAAAAAUAUUAUGCCUGAUAAUAUCUUGGAAGGCAAUAUCAUAGCAAAUAAUACAAAUUUAGAUACAGAUCUUGAUUUUGAAGCACUAAGAGAAGAAUUUAAUAGAAAUGCUAGAAGUUGAUUUUUAGAUAAUUACGCGAAUAAUAGUAUUAUACUAAUUAAAAUUAUUUGUGCAGUGUAUAAUAAUGUUAGACAUGCAGUACAACUACUUGAAUUUUUAUACGAAACAAAUGUAUUUUUGAUGAUUGCUACAUGUUUUUGUUUCUAUAAACUUUAUAUGUGAAUUUGAAUUAGUUCAAAGUAGAAUGAAAC